AAACGUAAACAGACGUGGAAGCGAGCGGCGGUCGUGCUGCCCCACAGCCGUGAUUUCCCCGGAAAAAAAAUAGGAGGGUGGACUGGAUCUUUACAACGCGACGUUGACGUGUCCAGCCGAGGGAUCAGCGGACCUACAAACCUGGCUCACGAGGAGACAUGCUCUAGGUGGUUGAAUAUGGGACCAGACUGAGUGGAGCCAUGUCGACGAAGAUGAAGGACACGUCGCGGGGAAGCGGGGUGGUCUCCCUGGCCGAGCAGGCCACUGACAUCCAGAAGACGGGAUACCUGAGGAAGUUGAAGACAAUGAAAAAGAAGUUUUUUGUCAUGCGCAAGGAGUCUGAGGCGGGACCCGCCCGUCUCGAGUGCUACGACAGUGAGAAAAAGUGGAAGGCUGGUGCGCUGCCCAAGCGCACGAUAGCGCUUCGGUCCUGCUUCAACAUAAACCGCCGGGCCGACGCCAAGCAGCGGCACGUUUUGGCUCUGUACACAAGGGACGACUCCUACGCACUGGUGGCUGAAAACGAAACCGAGCUGGAUGCGUGGCUCACGGAACUGCUCAGAUUACAGCACGGUUCAAGCGACGUUGAUGGUGAUGCCAGGCCCAAGCCCCUCUUCGAGCAUGUCUGGCAGGUGAAUGUGAAGACGAAGGGUUUGGGUAGCAGUCGCAACAUCACUGGACCCCAUCGGCUUUGCUUGACGGCCAGUGCUCUUACAUUGGUCAAGAUGCACACAGACCAGGAGAACCCAGAGGCACUCGAGUUUCCCCUGAUGAGCAUACGGCGGUGCGGCCACUCUGACUGCUUCUUCUUCAUGGAGCUUGGCCGUUCUUCAGUCACUGGGUCUGGGGAGCUGUGGAUGCAGACAGAAGACACAGUCAUCGCUCAGAACAUGCAUGAGACCAUUCUGGGAGCAAUGAAGACCUCUCGGAACAAGGAAGAACUCGGUGCCUUUACGCGUCCCCGAAGCUCCUCGACAAGCGAGAACAGCAAGCCCAUCGCACACAAGCGGCCCGCGCAUGCCGUGGCCACCACGGCGACGCACGCUUCCACAAGUUGCCGGGACCGGUGUGACUCCAUGCCCACGUCUCGCACUCGCAACAGCAGCGAGUCGCACGGCGAGAGCAGUUUCCCCACCAUGCCUUGUUCCACCAAUCGGUGGCAAACUUGCAGUGGGCUCUCUCGGACCCACACCGCUGAGGCGACGGCCAGGCCCCAUAGUUCUUACGGGAGAACCUAUUCGGUCUCCCCACCGUCUAACAACCCCAUCACGGUCGGCUCGUUUGACAGCACGAGCAGCGUGCUCUCGGCAGCGGAUGAAACAGACGGACAAGCCGAGUACUUCAACCGGUACAGCCACUCACUGCCAAUGGACAUCAUGGCUGGACCCAAGGAGCCGACCAUCAAGGAGGAGGCUGCUGUUGACGAAUACCUGAUGAUGUCAUCACCAGUUGGUAGCAGUAAAAGCUCCCAUUACUCUCGUCCAACGACUUUUGCUGGGAACCUUGGUGGGCAUCAGCCAAUGAACAUGUCCGAGUCCAGCGACUACCUGAAGAUGUCUAUGUCUCCAGCAUCUAAUGUACCUGAAGGAAAUGGAGAUGGCUACAUUCCCAUGAGCCCCGUCGGGUCGAUGAGCCUGAGCAGCUCCUUGGAGAAGACUGCAGCUCCGUCAUCUUCGGCUGACACGGGCUACCUGUCCAUGGAGCCACAGGGAGCCAUGUCAACAAGUGGCUGCACCACUGUGCGGCCGGUGGGCCACGCGAGCUGCUCCUCUCCAACAGUGGUGCACGCGGGCUUCCCCUCGACGAUUCUCCCCGUGCCUCUGUCCGAGUACAUGGACAUGGCUCCACUCUCUUCGUCAUUACCCAAGUCUGUUGGAGAAAGCUGCACCGACUUCAGUGGCAGCUGGUGCUCAGCACAUAGCCUACAAGACGUGCCAAGUUCUGCCUCUCCACUUUCAGCUAGUUUAGAGGGUUUCCAUUUGGACAAGGUCAAGUCCUACUUUUCUCCAUCAGAAGACGAUGCCGAAGCAUUCAUCAAGCCUGUGCGGGCUUAUUCUAUUGGUAGUAGGCAGCAGGUCAAAAAGACUUCCCUGGCAGGCCAUCUGGACCAGUCUCGCGUCCGUGCAUAUUCGGUGGGGAGCCAGGUGGCACCGACGGCCAUGCGGCGUCGCCUGAAGAAGGACGCCGACGUCGACGCGAACGCCUUGCAGCGGCUCGAGGGUCAGAAGUCGUCCAGUGUGCCCACUUUGCAAGAGGAUGCAUCAUCCUCCCAACAGGCACCACGGGCGCUCAACUACAACGAGGACCUCAUGGAGAUCAACUACGACCGUAGCGACCUCGGUCAGGGCAGCAGCAGCACACCUGUGGUUGAAAAAAGCAGCGUCCUUCCACCCGCUAGCAUGAAGCAACCCGAAACGUCUGAGGCCAUUCGAAAGCUCAGCACCGCCAGCACUCCAAGCACCACCAAGACAUUUGACGACUACAUGGUGAUGACUACUGGCUCGGAGUCUGGCGCUGGUAGCAGCAGCAGCUACCAGCACUCGCUUACCAGCCCCACCGGCUCGGAGCAUACGGAAAGGAAGGUGAGCGUACCCUCGAGCAGCAGGCAGCGUAAAGAAGACUUGGGUAAAGAGAACCACCCCGGCGGACGGAGUAGCAGCUAUACUGGUAUGAUUCGGAGGAGCUCGACCACACAGCAAGCUCUCAGAGAGGACAACGCUGUGUCAAUGUCCAGUUCGCUGCCAUCUAACGGUCUCAACCAGUGCAAGACUGACAGCGAGUACGUGGCCACGGAAAUGACUAAGAAGGGCGUGGCGUUUCUUGGCACGUCCAACGGCACAGUUUCCAAGGGAAAACCUGGUUCAUCUUACCACGUGCUUCCGAUGACAACCACGUCGCUGCGUCCCGCUUCGCCUGAAAGCCAGCAGCUGGGAGAGUACGUGAACCUGGACCUGAGCAAGACUAUGAAGUGGACGCAGCACGUCAAGAUGCCAGUGUCUAGCAGCGGUGACUCAACGCCCAUGACGUCCAGUGCCAACGGAUCCUCCUUCUGGAGCAGUGGCCCAAAGCUGCCAGCCGAAGGCUCCACCAGCGUCACGAGAGUGGCGCCGCUCGCUGUUGCAGAAUCCUCCUACGUGCAGCUGCGAGGCCUCGCAGACCCUCCGCCAGCCGCCACAGUGCUCCAGCAGGUUCCGCCCGAGGCCAACUACGAGAACAUUUCUCUCAAAGGAGGUGCCGCCACUGUUGUUGAGGCGCCCGCCGAACGAGUGCUCAAUUACGCGUCGCUAGAUCUUGCACCUCCCAGUGGGGAAGAUGGAGCGCCAAGUGCUGUUCAGCGCUCGCCACGCGCUCCCAACGCUGCUGGCAUAGACGCGGCCACUGAGGAAGGGCCCACUUUCUCCUACGCCGAAAUAGACUUCACCAAAUCCGAGGGGCUGCGCAAUGUUUCUGGGUACCGUUCGUGAAGGCCACCUUUCGUAGUCACUCUUACGCUGUCCGGGGCUACCUUCAUUCUUUUUUCUUUUUCUCUCUUUGUCUCUCUGUCUUUUUUUUUUCUUUGGACUCACUAGUCAAGUACUGGAGCUUCUAGGUGGUGAUCAGGGCAGCCGGCCAGUUUGGGUUAGGAGAGAUGGGAACUCUGCGGUGAUGGCAAGUGGGGACUGGUCCACUUCUUCGGCUGGAAGGUGACUUGUGUGUGUGGCAUGCAUGCCUGCCUGCUCAUAACAAUGCUGCUAUACUGUAAAACAGUGUGUGGUUGACCCUUGUGUUUCUUCAAUGUGUAAUGUAAAUCGAGAAUGUGUGCGAGUGUGUGUGUUGCUCUAGGUCACUGUAGGGUAGAGAGAUUACUUCCAAUUUUCAUUUUGACCCAAGUAGCUAUACACGUGUACAGGAGUGCUUCUCUUUUUCUUUUUUGUGAAUGUGAAUUAUUCAGGGUAGCAAGCACCAAAUCCACCGCACGCCACGACGUGUAUAGACACGCUGCUCGAAUAUUACCGACUACAGACUUUAUUCUUUUUCUGUAUGUAUGUACUGUGUAUAUGUGCAUAUCGACCUUAGGUGUCUGAGCUUUAAAAAUAAGAUUGUGGGUGUGAUCUAUAUAUAUAUAUGGGCAUGUACAUUCAUUAUUCGAUUUUCUUUGUGAUCUAUACUACCUGUUGUAUAUGAAGUGGCAUUCAUUGCAUGGAAGAGUAAAGUGAGAAAACCAGGCCUUGAGAGAUUUCCAGAGAUGUGUUUUGAACUGUUGGUGUGGCCCAUUCGUUUCUCUCCCUUUUUCUUCUUCCCUUCUUUGUUGAAUUUCGGUUUUUCUUUCCAGAUGCUGAAACAAUAAAUUGCAGCUUUAUGUUAUUCAUUUCUUGCUAGCUUGAUGCUUAGGGGAAGUAGAAGAAAGGAAUGAGGCAAAGGUAUUUGAACACCUCAGCGGGGCGGCAGAAAGCCCACGAAUUUGUAUGUUUGUGACUUUUGUCAUUUCGUUUGGGAGCUGUGACGCCAGACUUUAUCAGUGAUUGUGGAAGCGGGAAAAAUCGGCAAAGGCAUCGAAAUAAUCGCCUCGUAAGUAAGCAAGGGAUGUUCACUGAGUAACCAUAUCCAUAAUUUUUCCAAGUGCUCACGUUGGUGCGAGAGAUAGAUUGAUUCUGGCACCCCAUUUGUCAUUGCAGUGCCUCAUUGACAUUACAUUGCGAGUUAACGUUGUUGAGCAGAACUUCUCGUUAAGGGCGAAACUUAAAAAAGGCCAGUGGUGGUCAGUUUUUUUGCUCACUUGGAAAGUGCUAACAUUUCAGACAGCUUUGAAGUGCCUGUAACCUUUUGAUGCGGCAUUCCCGUUCCCCAAUCUUUGCUGGCAGCCAGUUAAAAUGCUUGAAGAGGUAGUUUUGUUUCGUAGCGCCUGCCUCCCUCACUUGAAUCUUGAAAUGUCGUGUUUGUACUCGUAAAUGUUUCUUUUUUUUUUUCACCUUUCUCCUUUCUUACCCCUUACGUGAUGUUGAUACCCGUGCCCUCGUCUGGGUGCAUCUUGUGGCCACAUAUGACAUAUUCACUUUCAAUGUGGUAGAAUGUAUUUCUCUCCUUAUAAAUAUUAUUUUGUUAGUUUGUUUUUCUUGAGUUAAUGCAAGCUCUGGAAUGCAGGAGGGUUUAGUCGAAUGGUCACAAGAAGCUGUCGCGAGGCGACGUCCACACCUUGAUUUGGGACAGAUGUCACAUGCGACUCUGCAAAAAAGCCCUCCUGGACGCUUGUUACCCUCAGUUUCUUUUGGAUCCCGAAAAAAUAGUCCAAGAUCUUCCUGGCGAAGCAGCGUCAUUUUUCUUAUUUUCUCCUUUUCCGUAAGCUGCAUUUGCGUGGGAGCUUAAGCAUGAGGAUCGCGCAAACCCAAUUUCGAGGAUUGGGUUCUCACCCACGUUGUUGCUUGCUUUGGCAGGUGUUGUUAAAUGUAUUUCUGGUGCUUACACAGUUACACAGACACACUGAGAAAAAAAAGUAAAAUGACAGCUGCGGUGCUUCUUUGAAGACGCAACUCUAUUUUGUUGCCUAAACUUUUCAGCGAUGGUCAGUCGCGUAAGGUACAUAAAACCCUACCUUGGAGCUGAAAAAAAAAACGGACUUUAAGAGCUACCAAGCUACCUAGCCUGAAAGUUUCAAAGAUGUACAUAACUGUGAUGUAAAUCGCGUGUCUCCUUUGUGAAUGCACCAGUGACUGAUGCAUAGUCAAAGGAUAUCGUUGUGAAUGCUGGAGGGUUCUUUGAGGGCGAAUCAGCAGUCAAGACAUGUUGCUUCUGUCAAGAGUAGUGUGCAUGGCCCUUGAGUUUCCUUGCCUCGUGCUGAUAAUGAUGACACGUGCACAGCCAUUAGAGGAGUAUCUUUGAGCCACUAUGUUCGCCUGCCCCAUUGCUCUUACAGAUUGCGUUGUUUGCUAGCGCUUAAGCCCGAAAAGUGUCAUCUUCAUUGAGCGAUUGUAUGGCAGUUUAUAUGCACUUGCAGAGGCAUUGAAAAAGUAUCUAGAGUUUUAGUCUAGGGUUACGCAACCUGGUACCGUCGGUUUGUUUGAGAGUUUAUAGGGUGCACCUGUAUCGACAUCAGUGUACAGCUUUCCGUUACGUUUGCCAAAAUGCGGCGUGCAAGAAUUGGCUCCCAAUGUUGUGGCGUGGCCAUUUGAGCUGGCAUAGGAAAUACGCUUUUGAAGAAAGGCUUUUGCUCGUGACAGAGUUAUAUAAAGUCGGACGUGACAAAUUGUGACAGUGCUUUGCCAGAGACUUUCCUGUGGUCUUUAUGGUUGUCUUUCUUGUGGGCGAAAUUCCUGGUGCAUUUUCCCGGUGUCCGUUUCUUUCGAGCACGUUUCAACUUGCCAAACUGCCCGUAGCGUCGCUAGCACUGCCAUCUCGUCACGAGUCGACCCAAGUGCAUCGUUUGGCGGGUGUCGAAGAUAGCACCUACAUGUAUCGCAUGGGUAUCAAGGGAGUUGACCUCUGAAUGAUACUAUAUUUAUGUACAAAUGAAUGGCCUUUAGCAUUUACAAUGUGAACAAACCCCCCUCCUUCCCCACCCCUUUCAGGCAUCGGUGCAUUGCAGCUGGUGGCACGUUGUAGCCUAUGGUUUGGAGGGUGUGUGUGUGUGUGUGCGCUUGACAUCUAUGCGAUUGUUGUCAUUGGACGAGAGCUGCCCCCCUUCUGUUGCUCUAGCCAAAUAAAAGCUCUUUGAAUGUGCAGCACA